AUGUCCCUCGGACCCUCUGUGCUCACCACCCGCUCCCUACCAACCUAUGACUCCCUCUUCCCGCUCUCGAGCGGUCUCUCAAGCUGGACGACGCUCCCCGGCCACCCCGACUCCCUCCCUCUCGCCAACUCGACGCUCAACCCCAUCAAAGCUAUGAAAGCUCUUCCCCUCCGCUACGUUACUGGACCCGACGGCAAAGACGCCAUUCACGUUCAUUUUCCCAACGGCUCGUAUACCCUCAACUCGGACCCGCAAGGGGGGAUAUCGUUUUAUUCGCAUGGGCCUAAGGAUCAUGAUUUGACGAUUGCGAAGGAGGCCACCCUGGGGUAUGCGGUGUAUUUUCCGGAGGGGUUUGAGUUUGUGAAGGGUGGGAAGUUGCCUGGAUUCUUCGGUGGCAAUUCGGACGACGAAUCCUACUCGUGCUCCGGCGGACGAAAGGACAUCGCCUGUUUCUCCACCCGUCUAAUGUGGAGGACGAACGGCGCAGGCGAGAUCUACGCCUACUUCCCGCCCUAUGACGUGCCCGGAUUCGAAUCCAACAGAGCUCUCUGCGAGCCGGCGGAGAAUAGGUGCGACGCGACGUAUGGUAUUUCGAUUGGGAGGGGGAAUUUCAAAUUUGAGAGGGGGAGGUGGACGACGGUGGCGCAGAGGGUUAGGCUGAAUGAUCCCGGACAGGCGAAUGGAGAGGUGGAGCUGUUUGUGGAUGGGAAGAGUAAGAUUAGGGCAGAGGGGAUUAUUAUUAGGGAGGGUGAGGAGGGGAGGAUUAGGGGGAUCCAGGUGCAGAGUUUCUUUGGAGGGAGUACGGUGGACUGGGCGUCGCCUAAAGACCAAGAUAUCUACUUUGCGGAUUUCUCGGUCGCCGUCACGCAAGGCUUUGAUGAAACUGACAAUCAGAAGUGGAGAAGGGAUUUGGAGACGAGAGAAGUCAGUAAUUCUUCCUCCUCCUCUGUCGUACACCUUCAUCGUCGUUCGAGUUCUGCGUCCAGUGCUCAUCGUGGAGUCGGAUGGGCAUGGUCGAUGCUUAGUUUGCUCACUAUCGUUUCGAUGCUUGCGAUCUGA